AUGCUUCGCGCGGGGCUGGCCCCCGGCCUUAGCUCCCCCCUCUUUCUUCUCCUUGAUUCUCAAUAUCCUCACUUUCCUUCCUCUCUCCCUUCAACCUUCCAUAUUCGCCGCCCCCUUCUCAUCUCUCUCUCCUUGGGUGUGUCUGCUUUUGUGCCUCGCCGUACUUCCUGCGUCGUUAAUCCUCCUGCCUGUACUUUUCCAUCCUUCGCCCUGCUCCCCUAUCUGUGCUCGUCCCGGUCCUUUCUUGCCCGGCCCUCCUCCUCUGUUCUUGGGAAUUCUUUCCUUCCCUACGGAUCUGCUUUUUCCUUCCCCGCUUGCCGUAUUGUUUCCGGUAUCUUCUCUUCCGGCAUUUUCCUGUUCCGCUUCUGGCUGUGCGUGCCCCGUUCUUCCGUCCUUCCUGGUCUCAGUUCCCCGUACUAUUUUCUCCGCCAACUCGUGUCCCAGUCUCUUGCGGGCUCCUACGUGCUUCGGGCGACCCCGUCAGGCCCCGAUUCCCCUCUUCCCAUCUACCCUAGUUCCCGCUCGUCUGCCCCUUCUGCACUCUGGAUCCGGUUGGGUGUGUGCUCAUGCCCUUCUUGUCCGUUGCCCCCCUUCCUCCCCGUCGCACCAUGCCUUUGUCUCUUCCCUGUAUUCCCCGUGUCGUUCGGAGUCCACCAUGCCUUAGUUCUUUUGUCGCCUUUUCAUUCACCUGCUUUUGCCUCUGUGCCUACCUGGCCUCUUCCCUCUUCUCCCGUCCCGUGGCUCCUGUCCAGAACGUGGUGCUCCCCGUGCCCUCAUUGUGUCCCGUGUAGCCCGUUGUCUGGUUUGUGUCACAUCUUCUCUCUCUUGGUCCUUCUUUGCCUCUGCUCCGUGCCCGGCUCGCUGGGUCGCGGCCUACUUCUCCUGGCUUUCCCUGGCUCCCUGUCCGCCUUUCCAUGCCUUUGCCCAUUCUUGUUUCUUCUCCUUUCCUCACCUUACGAGUUUCUGCCGGCUCCUUCCGUGUUGACGUUUGAGCCCUCGUCGCGUCUUCCCGUUACAGCCCAGUUCUUCGUAGCCCGUCUAUUCUCGCCCUUUUGCAUGUCUCCCCCUGCCACUCUCCCUCUGCUAUUCCUCCCUAUCCGGCCCUGCUCCGUUUAG